AUGCUCUGGGGCGUCCGGGAAGAACAUCGCGACGCUCUGGGGCGUCUGGGGAGAGCAUCGCGACGCUCUGGGGCGUCCGCGGAGAAAAUCGCGACGCUCUGGGGCGUCCGGGGAGAGCAUCGCGACGCUCUGGGGCGUCCGGGGAGAGCAUCGCGACGCUUUGGGGCGUCCGGGGAGAGCAUCGCGACGCUCUGGGGCGUCCGGGGAGAGCAUCGCGACGCUCUGGGGCGGUUGGGGAGAGCAUCGCGAUGCUCCGGGGCGGCUGGGGAGAGCAUCGCGAUGCUCUGGGUCGGCGUCAGAGGAGAGCAUCGCGUCGCUCUGGGCGGCGGGGAGAGCAUCGCCACGCUCUGGGGCGUCCGGGGAGAGCAUCACGACGCUCUGGGGCGUCCGGGGAGAGCAUCGCGAUGCUCUGGGGCGUCCGGGGAGAGCAUCGCGACGCUCUGGGGCGUCCAGGGAGAGCAUCGCGAUGCUCCGGGGCGGCUGGGGAGAGCAUUGGAUGCUCUGGGGCGUCCGGCGAGAGCAUCGCGACGCUCUGGGGCGUCCGGGGACAGCAUCGCGACGCUCUGGGGCGUCCGGGGAGACAUCGCGACGCUCUGGGGCGUCCGGGGAGAGCAUUGCGACGCCCUGGGCGUCCGGGGAGAGCAUCGCGACGCUCUGGGGCAGCUGGGGAGAGCAUCGCGACGCUCUGGGGCGUCCGGGGAGAGCAUCAACGACGCUCUGGGGCGUCCGGGGAGAGCAUCGCGAUGCUCUGGGGCGUCCGGGGAGAGCAUCACGACGCUCUGGGGCGUCCGGGGAGAGCAUCGCGAUGCUCCAGGGCGGCUGGGAAGAGCAUUGGAUGCUCUGGGGCGUCCGGGGAGAGCAUCGCGACGCUCUGGGGCGUCCGGGAAGAGCAUCGCGACGCUCUGGGGCGUCCAGGGAGAACAUCGCUGCUCUCUGGGUCAAUCUCGACGCUCUGGGGCGUCCGGGGAGAGCAUCGCGAUGAUCUGGGGCGUCCGGGGAGUGCAUCGCGACGCUCUGGGGCGUCAGGGGAGAGCAUCGCGAUGCUCUGGGGCGUCCAGAGAGAGCAUCGCGAUGCUCUGGGGCGGCUGGGGAGAGCAUCGUGAUGCUCUGGGGCGUCCGAGGAGAGCAUCGCGACGCUCUGGGGCGUCCAGGGACAGCAUCGCGACGCUCUGGGGCGUUCGGGGAGAGCAUCGCGACGCUCUGGGGCGUCCGGGAAGAGCAUCGCGAUGCUCCGGGGUGGCUGGGGAGAGCAUUGGAUGCUUUGGGGCGUCCGGGGAGAGCAUCGCGACGCUCUGGGGCGUCCGAGGAGAGCAUCGCGACGCUCUGGGGCGUCCGGGGAGAGCAUCGCGACGCUCUGGGGCGUCCGGAGAGAGCAUUGCGACGCUCUGGGGCGUCCGGAGAGAGUAUCGCGACGCUCUGGGGCGGCUGGGGAGAGCAUCGCGACGCUCUGGGGCGUCCGGGGAGAGCAUCGCGACGCUCUGGGGCGUCCGGGGAGAGCAUCGCGACGCUCUGGGGCAUGCGGGGAGAGCAUCGCGACGCUCUGGGGCGUCCGGGGAGAGCAUCGCGACGCUCUGGGGCGUCCGGGGAGAGCAUCGCGACGCUCUGGGGCGUCCGGGGAGAGCAUCGCGACGCUCCGGGGCGGUUGGGGAGAGCAUCGCGACGCUCUGGGGCGUCCGGGGAGAGCAUCCCCAUGCUCUGAAGCGUCCGGGGAGAGCAUCGCGAUGCUCUGGGGCGUCCGCGGAGAGCAUCGCGACGCUCUGGGGCGUCCGGGGAGAGCAUCGCGAUGCUCCGGGGCGGCUGGGGAGAGUAUCGCAAUGCUCUGGGGCGUCCGGGAAGAACAUCGCGACGCUCUGGGGCGUCUGGGGAGAGCAUCGCGACGCUCUGGGGCGUCCGAGGAGAGCAUCGCGACGCUCUGGGGCGUCCGCGGAGAGAAUCGCGACGCUCUGGGGCGUCCGGGGAGAGCAUCGCGACGCUCUGGGGCGUCCGGGGAGAGCAUCGCGACGCUUUGGGGCGUCCGGGGAGAGCAUCGCGACGCUCUGGGGCGUCCGGGGAGAGCAUCGCGACGCUCUGGGGCGGUUGGGGAGAGCAUCGCGAUGCUCCGGGGCGGCUGGGGAGAGCAUCGCGACGCUCUGGGGCGUCUGGGGAGAGCAUCGCGAUGCUCCGGGGCGUCUGGGGAGAACAUCGCGAUGCUCUGGGGCGUCCGGGGAGAGCAUCGCGACGCUCUGGGGCGUCUGGGGAGAGCAUCGCGAUGCUCCGGGGCGUCCGGGGAGAGCAUCGCGACGCUCUGGGGCGUCCGGGGAGAGCAUCGCGACGCUGUGGGCCGUCCGGGGAGAGCAUCACGACGCUCUGGGGCGUCCGGAGAGAGCAUCGCGACGCUCUGGGGCGUCCGAGGAGAGCAUCGCGACGCUCUGGGGCGUCCGGGGAGAGCAUCACGACGCUCUGGGGCGUCCAGAGAGAGCAUCGCGAUGCUCUGGGGUGGCUAGGGAGAGCAUCGCGAUGCUCCGAGGCGUCCGGGGAGAGCAUUGCGACGCUCUGGAGCGUCCGGGGAGAGCAUCGCGAUGCUCUGGGGCGUCUCGGGACAGCAUCGCGACGCUCUGGGGCGUCCGGGAAGAGCAUCGCGACGCUCUGGGUCGUCCGGGGAGAGCAUCGCGACGCUCUGGGGCGGAGGGGAGAGCAUCGCGACGCUCUGGGGCGUCCGGGGAGAGCAUCACGACGCUCUGGGGCGUCCGGGGAGAGCAUCGCGAUGCUCUGGGGCGUCCAGGGAGAGCAUCACUACGCUCUGGGGCGUCCGGGGAGAGCAUCGCGAUGCUCUGGGGCGGCUGGGGAGAGCAUCGCGACGCUCUGGGGCGUCCGGGGAGAGCAUCGCGACGCUCUGGGGCGUCCGGGGAGAGCAUCGCGACGCUCUGGGGCGUCCGGGGAGAGCAUUGCGACGCUCUAGGGCGUCCGGGGAGAGCAUCACGACGCUCUAGGGCGGCUGGGGAGAGCAUCGCGAUGCUCUCGGGUGUCCGGGGAGAGCAUCGCGACGCUCUGGGGCGUCCGGGGAGAGCAUUGCGACGCUCUGGGGCGUCCGGGGAGAGCAUCGCGAUGCUCUGGGGUGUCCGGGGAGAGCAUCGCGCACUCUGGGGCGUACGGGGAGAGCAUCGCGAUGCUCCGGGGCGGCUGCGGAGAGCAUUGGAAUGCUCUGGGGCGUCCGGGGGGAGCAUCGCGACGCUCUGGGGCUUCCGGGGAGAGCAUUGCGACGCUCUGGGGCGUCCAAGGAGAGCAUUGCGACGCUCUGGGGCGUCCGGGGAGAGCACUGCGACGCUCUGGGGCGUCCGGGGAGAGCAUCACGACGCUCUGGGGCGUCCGGGGAGAGCACUGCGACGCUCUGGGGCGUCCGGGGAGAGCAUCACGACGCUCUGGGGCGUCCGGGGAGAGCAUCGCGAUGCUCCGGGGCGGCUGGGGAGAGCAUCGCGACGCUCUGGGGCGUCCGGGGAGAGCAUCGCGGCGUCCAAAGAGAGCAUCGCGACGCUCUGGGUCGUCCGGGGAGAGCAUCGCAACGCUCUAGGGUGUCCGGGGAGAGCAUCGCGACGCUCUAGGGCGGCUGGGGUGAGCAUCGCGAUGCUCUUGGGCGUCCGGGGAGAGCAUCGCGACGCUCUGGGGCGUCCGGGAAGAGCAUCGCGUUGCUCUGGGGCGUCCGGGGAGAGCAUCGCGACGCUCAGGGGCGUCCGGGGAGAGCAUCGCGAUGCUCCGGGGCGUCCGAGGAGAGCAUCGCGACGCUCUGGGGCGUCGGGGGAGAGCAUCGCGACGCUCUGGGGCGUCCGGGGAGAGCAUCGCGACGCUCUGGGGCGUCCGAGGAGAGCAUCGCGACGCUCUGGGGCGUCCGGGGAGAGCAUCGCGACGCUCUGGGGCGUCCGGAGAGAGCAUCGCGAUGCUCUGGGGCGGCUGGGGAGAGCAUCGCGAUGCUCCGGGGCGUCCGGGGAGAGCAUUGCGACGCUCUGGGGCGUCCGGGGAAAGCAUCACGACGCUCUGGGGCGUCCCGGGACAGCAUCGCGACGCUCUGGGGCGUCCGAGGAGAGCAUCGCGACGCUCUGGGUCGUCCGGGGAGAGCAUCGCGACGCUCUGGGGCGGAGGGGAGAGCAUCGCGACGCUCUGGGGCGUUCGGGGAGAGCAUCAUGA